AUGUCCAGUAAUAGGCAAAGGUCUGAUAAUGAGAGUCCCAGCACCAGCAGUGGUAGUUCAGAUGUGGACCAGCAAGAUCCAGCCACUCCAGAGCCUGAAGAACAAGAAGAAAGAAAACCUUCUGCCACCCAGCAGAAGAAAAACACCAAACUCUCCAGCAAAACCACUGCUAAGUUUUUCGCUAGUGCUAAAAGAAUUCAGAAGGAGCUAGUGGAAAUAACCCUUGAUCCUCCUCCUAACUGCAGUGCUGGGCCUAAAGGAGAUAAAGUUUGUGAAUGGAGAUCAGCUAUACUUGGUCCACCAGGUUCUGUAUGUGAAGGUGGUGUGUUUUUUCUGGAUAUCACAUUUUCAUCAGAUUAUUCAUUUAAGCCACCAGAGGUUACUUUUCGCACUAGAAUCUAUCACUGCAACAUCAACAGUCAGGGAGUCAUCUAUCUGGACAUUCUUAAAGACAACUGGAGUCCUGCUUUGACUAUCUCAAAGGUUUUGCUGUCUAUUUGUUCCCUCUUGACAGACUGCAACCCUGCAGAUCCCCUGGUUGGAAGCGUAGCCACUCAGCAUUUGGCCAACAGAACAGAACAUGACAGGAUAGAAAGACAGUGGACCAAGAGAUGUGCAACGUAA